UUGAACUGCAUAAAGCUAGCACGAUCAUUCUCCUCUGCCUUUCGCUUAUUCUAAUUUGCUUCCAAAGAAACUAAUUCCUCAUUUAUAAGUUUUUCUUCUCCCACCUGCCACAAUGAAUUUUUUGUGCUCAAAGUUACAUAUCAUUGUCCUGGUCUCAUUUAUGUUUUCAUAUUCACUGUUGUCCACAAUGGCAUCUGCAUCAGCAGCAUCUUUGAAGGUGGGCUUCUAUAAAGGAAGUUGUCAAUCUGCAGAGACAAUUGUGAGAAAAGUUGUAAACAAAGCUGUGUCACGAAAUGAUGGUAUAGGUGCUGGACUUAUCAGAAUGUAUUUCCAUGACUGCUUUGUCAGGGGUUGUGAUGCUUCUCUGCUUCUAAAAUCCACACCUGGAAACCCAGCAGAGAGGGACCAUCCCGCAAACAAUCCAAGUGCACGAGGUUUCGAGGUCAUUGAUGAAGCCAAAACCCAAAUCGAGGCACUAUGUCCAGGGACAGUGUCUUGUGCAGACAUUCUUGCUUUUGCUGCGCGGGACAGCACCUAUAAAACCGGAGGAAUAUACUACGCCGUUCCCGCUGGACGCCGGGAUGGCCGUGUCUCUAUUUUUGAUGAAGUGGCACAAAAUCUUCCCCCUCCAUUCUUCAAUGCAGAACAAAUUGCUCAAAAUUUCGCAAGGAAAGGAAUGUCACUUGAUGAGAUGGUGACAUUAUCAGGGGCACACUCCAUUGGUGUCUCACGUUGCUCUUCGUUCUCCAACCGCCUCUACUCUUUCAAUGCCACUCAUGCCCAAGAUCCCUCUCUGGAUCCUAACUACGCAGCUUUUCUGAAAACAAAAUGCCCACCACCAACUACUCCUGGUGCUGGUAGAGAACCAUUACUGGCACUUGACACUGUGACGCCCAAUCGCCUGGAUAACAAGUACUACAGUGAACUGAGGCGUCGUCGUGGUUUACUAACCUCUGACCAGACAUUGAUGGACAGCUCUUUGACCUCGAGAAUGGUCUUGAACAAUGAGAGGAAUGGUGCAUCGUGGGCUAGAAAGUUUGCUAAGGCAAUGGUGCACAUGGGUUCCCUUGAUGUUCUCACAGGAUCACAAGGUGAAAUAAGGAGAAUUUGCAGUGUGGUGAAUUGAUAUCACUCAAAAUUAGUGGAGUAUAUUUGUGUGUCUUGUUUAGUUUCAUUUUUAUUUCCCAUACUCGCUCUUUUUUUCAUACACGAAAUUAAUAUUUGCAUUCUUUCAUGCAUUUAUUAAUUGUUAUUGCUAAUCUAAAGUAUAAAUCAUUUUCAAUUACUUGUGAGAUUCUAUUUUUCUGUAAUAUGUGAUGUGAUGUAACAUGUUUCUUAUUUUCUUCCAAUAAAAUCAAGGAAUGUUCCUUGCUUAUUCUCUUUUCUAAUGCCACAAUUUUUACAUGUUAAAGAUGCAUGAUUAAUGCACGGUACUAUUACUAAAUCAUU